UCCUUAUCACACAGCUAGAGAAACCACUCAAGAAUUGAUAAAGUUUCAACUUUAUCUUUCAAGUGUUUUAUUUGAAGGCAGUCAAAGGACUUUGAAUCCAACAGAGUCAGGAAAAGCAGAGCAACAUCUAACAGAUACGUCCAUUUUUAAUACACUUCUGUCAUCAGAGAGUACAUUCCAUACAAGAACACUGUUCUGGACAGAGAAGCAGAAGUGGCAACAUCAGCCGGUUUGGUCCGGUUCUAAUCGGUUCUUAUGGUAAGUAACUCUUCACGCUACCAGGAAAACGUCCUUGGCCGAAUCCUGGAAGAUUCUGCAACAACUUGAACACUUUGUAAAAAAGUGACAAAAACGAGAACAGACAGUGACUUACUCAAAGAUUUCCACUUCACAGACAAACAAAGUGAAGGUAUAUAAAGUCUGUGUUUCCAUCUCUGAGACAUCCUGUGACCAGAAACUGCUGCUGGAACAGACUCUUCAACUAACCAUCAAAACAAGAUGGCUGCCGGUCUUGUCUUCACUCUGCUUCUUGGUCUGAGCUUUGGACUCUGGGAUGGAGCUGAUGCAGCUCAAAUGAAAGAUUUGGGAACCGGGGUUUUGGGACCUGUGUGUGGGGGAUUUCUAUUUCCUUCCACCUCCUCAGGUUCUCCACUAGAUGGAGCCAUGGGGCUGCUGUCACCAGAGAGAGCGGGGUUUUUCUUUGUGGAAAAGAACGAUGGAUCCCUGCGUUCCUGCAUCGACUACCCUUUCAAACCAGUUCACGGUGACACCAUCUUCAUAAAACUCGACCUCCGCAACGUCCACCACUUGCUCUGGGUCUGCCAGGGGGCUGAACGAAAGACCACCUUCAAAACUCCCAUAGGACAUUUUGAUUAUCUGGUGAUGCCAUUCGGUCUCUGCAAUGCGCCCGCCUUCUUCCAAGCCCUCAUUAAUGAUCACCAUCUAGAAAACAAACUGUAUGACAAAGCAGAGAAGUGCGAAUGUCAUAAAUCAUCAGUUACCUUUUUAGGGUACAACCUCAGGGCGGACAGACCCGGUUCGAAGAACAUCAAGCCUGACGCACUAUCCAGACUACACUCACCUGCUGAAUCUGUGAAAGAAUCUUCUCCAAUUCUUCCGCCCACCUGCUCCACAGCCACCAUCACCUGGAAAAUAGAAGACGUCAUUAACCAAGCUCUACGGUCCAAACCAGGUCCUAAAACUAGCCCACCUAACCAUACAUUUCUAAAGGUCGAUAUUCAGCUGCACCAACUGUCUCACUGCACAGAGGAAAGUUUAAACCUAUGUUGCCUUUUUCAGAAAUAUUGCCUCCAAUUGGAUUCACAUCUGGCCUCAUACCACAGUACAGGGGAGUACAACUUCAUCAGAGAGAAUAUCUUCUAUGCAAGUGGAAAACACACACAAACUUGGGUUGGAGCUCAUGAUUCAGCAGAGGAAGGCGUCUGGAUGUGGAGUGAUGGUUCCAAGUUUAUUUUUUCCAACUGGGCAGCCAGUGAGCCAAAGAAUGAUGGUGGAGUCGAACACUGCAUGAACAUCAAUGUAGGAGAAGCAGAACAUGUGAAUGAUGAGGACUGUGCCAAGAAGCUUCCCUUCAUCUGUGCUAUACAUGUCUAACCUUUCUCUUCUUAUAUCUAAUAAUCUGAAAUGCCCAUAUGGCUUUCCUGCUGGUGAUGUCACUUCCCCCUGGAUGUCAAGCCUCGAUGACAUCACUGCUGGAAGAACCUGAUUUCACUUCAUUUGAUCACUUAAAUAAAUGUUUUCUUUCUAUGAAA